AUGUCCAACCAACCCACCACCCUAAAAGACCUCUCCCCCGAACUCCUCAUCCAAAUCUCCCAAAACCUCCCCUCCUUCACCUCCCUCACCUCCCUCCUCUCCGCCCUACCCCACACCAACCGCGAGACCAUCACGCACUACCAAUUCGACAUCUGCGAGGCCAUCGCCGCCACCGAACUCACACACUCCCUCACGCCCCACUUUCACGCACUCCUCAAAGCCCAAGGCAACAUGCAGCGCCUACUAUCCAACACCCCGCCGCCCCCGAGCCUUACCCCGGCCGCCAUGCGCACCACAGGUAUCCUCUCCGGCGGCGCCAGAAUAGGCAUCGACGAGGCCAUCCAGCUCGAGAGCUACCUCCGCCAGCUGCGUAUCUGGAAACCGGUGUUUCUGGAAGAGACACGCCGCAUGCCGCGGGGCUGCGGAAACAUGUUUCCGGACCUGCUGGGGCGGUGGAACACUCUAGUGUUUCCCGAGGACGACCCCGAAUUCGACUCGGACUCGGGGGACUCGGGGUCUGACUCGGACGGCAUAUUUGCGCUGGUGGACCUCACGCUGGAGUGGCAGCUGUCGGGGCUGUCGCGGGCGCGGCAUGUGAGGAUUGACAGGGCGUGGCUGAACUACUGGACUAUGCUGUUCUCGCGGGUGGGUGAUGAGCGGGCGCACGCUGCGUUUGUAGCGGCGGUGGCGGCGGGGGGCGCGGAGGAGGGGGAGUAUGCGCUGUGGACGCGCGGGUGGGUUAAGGGUGUUGAGGAGUGUCCGGAGGGCGUGCGCUACUUGGCGCCGAUGUGGGAGUGGCUGAAGUUUGUGCCGCAGCUGUGUGAGCCCGUGGCGGCGGCGGGGAAGGAGAUGUGGGAUGUGGUCAUGGUGGGGGGGUUUGAGUAUGUGUGUGGAGAUGAGGUGAUAGGUGAGGAAGAGGUGCUGCCGGUGCCGGUGGUGGGUGGGGCGCAUAUGCCGCCGGGCGUGUGGGGGGUGGAGGAUAGGUUUGUUGGGGAGCGAGUCGGGGAGGAGAUUGUACGUAGUUUGGAGAGGUUGAGGGGGUUGUGGGUGUUGGAUUUGCAUAGGAGCUUGUGGAGGGGGCAUUAG